UAUACUUCUAAGCUCAGUUUAGACAAGUUAUUUCUUUACAUUUUCUUCAUGUUUAGUCUCCUAAUGAGGAGAUAAACUCUUCCAUCUUGGCUUUGCUACUUUGAAGCUUAAUGAAUUAUAGAAACCGCAGACGAGAAUCUUAGGACAUACUCAGAUUUUUAGCACAAAGUAACAAUCUUCCUUGGUGUAUCAUUGGAGACUUUAAUGAUAUCCUGGAGCAGGGGGAGAAAAGGGGCAAAGUGGAGCAUCCAAACUGGUUGCUUCAGGGGUUUAGAGAGGCCACUUGUGAUUGUGGUUUGGUGGAUAUCCCUCUACAAGGAAGGCCGUUUACUUGGAGGCGUGGCUUAAAUACUGAAGAUGCAGUAGAAGAGCGUUUGGACCAUGCCAUGGGUACAGAAGCGUGAUUACAGAAAUUUCCUUUUUGCAGUUUGAGGAAUUUAGUAUCUUGUCACUCAGAUCACUCUCCUAUCUUACUAUCCACUGAGUCACAAAUUUUCAGCUUUAGAAAGAGAACUUUUAAAUUUGAAAAUUCAUGGUUGUUGGAGCCGGAUACUAAUAAAGUAGUGGAAGAUGGAUGGAGCGCUCGUUCUGGGGACCCUUUAUUGUUAAAGAUAGAAAAAUUUACUCGCACUUUGGAUGCAUGGGGGCAGAAGAUUAGGACGAGAUACAAGGAACAUAUUGAUAAAUGAACAGGAAGGUAUCUCUGGCUGCCAUCUAUGAUUGGGAGGAGCAAAAAAGCUAUUUUUAAAUAUGUUAAACAUCGAGUUUGGAAGAGAAUUUCGGGAUGGAGCAGCAAACUUCUUUCAAAAGCGGGUAAGGAGGUACUUAUUAAGUCUAUGGUUCAAGCUAUCCCGGUUUAUUGUAUGAGCGUCUUUAUGCUACCCACAACACUCCAGGAAGAGAUUGAGAGGAUAAUGAACUCAUUUGGUGGGGCUCCCGAAGAGGAGAAGGCCGAGGCAUUAAUUGGUUGAGCUGGGACAAACUGUCUCUUAGAAAAGAGGAUGGAGGAAUGGGGUUUCGUCAUCUACACGCUUCUAACUUAGCAAUGUUGGGGAAACAAGGUUGGAGACUGAUUUCUAACCCGGAUGCUAUGGUAACGCGCAUUAUCAAAGCUAAAUACUUCCCGAAAAAGGACUUCUUAGGGGCGGCUGUUGGGCAUAACCCCAGUUUUACUUGGCGUAGCAUCUGGUCGGCCCGAACAUUGUUAAAGGAAGGGUAUAGAUGGAGCAUUGGCGAUGACACUUGUAUAGAUGUUUGGAGGCAGCCCUGGUUACGUGAUAUACAUGACCCAUGGGUUCAUUCGGGACUGGGUUGCAUAAAUGAGGAGCUUCGAGUAUCUCAUCUUAUUGAACGGGAGGAGGGAAGAUGGAAGGAGAGCUUUAUAAGAGAAGUUUUUCAAGAUACUGAUGCAAAUAAAAUCUUGCCCAUUCCUCUGUUUCGGCUAAAUAAGAAGGAUACUGUCAUUUGGUGUUUUGAAAAAAGCGGGCAGUAUACUGUACAAAGUGCCUACCGGUUGUGCAUGGAUAAAUUGGUGAAGACUGAUCAUCUUAAAAAGCCCGGGCAAUGGCACAAGAUAUGGGCUUUAUCAGUCCCUCCAAAGGUUCGUACAUUUAUGUGGAGACUUGGUCGGGACUGUCUGCCAAACCGAAGUCGGCUUAGGGAAAAGGGAAUUUCUUGCCCAACUGCCUUGAUAGUCCAGAAAAUAACUGGCAUAUUUUUUUGGCAUGUCCUGGUAGUGUUACUUGUUGGCAGAAAGUAGGCCUUUGGAAUAUCUUAGAGGAAGCAUUGUUGCAAGCAGAGAGUUUUGCAGAUUUAUUUAUACAUGUCUGCACUAAACUAACAGAAGAGCAACUUUGUACUUUUGCUAUGGUAGUGUGGAGUAUUUGGAGGCGUAGAAACACCCUUUACUGGGAGGGUACAUAUGAAAAUGACCAGCAAGUAAUCACUCGUGGGAUGGAAUUGCUGCAUAGCUGGACAAGUCUUCGAGGCAGACAUCGCACCGGAUCUAGAGAUAACAAAGCUGCUGCAAAAUGGAACCCCCCGCCACCUUCCAACCUUAAGUGUAACGUGGAUGCAACUAUUUUUGAAGAUGAGAAGAGGUCAGGAUGGGAUGUUGUGUUCGUGAUCAUCGGGGGAAAUUUCACCUAGCGCAUUCAGAAUGGUGCCAAGUAACUUUAUCUCCGGCUGAAGCAGAAGUAUGGAGUCUUCGGCAAUCAUUACUAUGGAGCCGGGAGUGGGCAAGAGGGCCUAUUAUUUUUGAGAUGGACGCCAAACAGGUGGUUGAAGAUGUGCACAGUGAUCGGGUGGAUAUGACGAAGUAUGGAUCGCUUGUGAGAGAUUGCAGAUUAUUGCUAGCGGAAAAUAACAACUUUCAUGUUGUUUUUACUAGGCUGCAAGCAAACGGUAGUGCUCAAGCUUUAGCCAGGGCGGAUACAAAUUAUGCUUAUAGCAUAACUUUUAAAAAAUGGGGUACCGUACCGCAUUUGAUUGGUCCAAAUCAUUAUAUACCUUUUAAUUUAGAUUUAAAUAAUUCAACUGCAUCAUUCUUAUUGGUCCAUUUGGACAAAGGUACGGUACAUUUGGGGUACAUAGUAUUAACCAACUUUUAACUAUACUUUGAAAGUUUUAACUAUACAUUUGGCCUAUCACCUCUGUUUUUUGUUUAGUUUUCGAGCACAUUGCUUUAGGCACUCGCAUGACUGAUCGACAACUGCGACACUCAACUAUGUUCGUUCUCCAAAUCCAUUCCGUAGACUUUCCUCAACCGCUUCCCGCCGCCCCUUACUCCCCCGGCGUCUUAAACGCCCCUAAUAAUAUUUCCAAUCUGAACCCGGUUGAGCAACGGGGUGUUGCGCACCUCUUCCGACACCUUCCCCAGUCCACAUCCUCCACCUACGCCACCGCUCUCACUGGUAUAGCUAACCCGAUCGCCCGUACGACCACCAUCUUUGUUGUUGCUGUUCCGAGUGGUUUAUCAGCCCUUGAUUUCCUCCUCUUUUGCGGGUCCCAUGUCGACCAAUUCACAGGAAUCCUCUUUCUUAGGAAUGAUGUAAUGGAAGAUAGAUAUAGUGUAUUGAUAACAUUGGUGAAUCAAUUAGCUGCAGAUGGAUUCUAUUGUAAUUACAAUGGUAAAAGGUUCAAGGCCACUGAGCACGAGGCUUGCCACAUUUAUUUUACUCAAUCAGUGGAAUUCACUGAAUCAGCAGAAAUAGCCUGCAUACCUCCACCGGGUUAUACUGAAUUACCCACUUGUCCAGUUUGUCUUGAAAGACUGGACCAAGAUACAAGCGGAAUACAGGCUACACUUUGUGACCAUUCAUUUCAGUGUUCUUGUGUUUCAAAGAGAACAUUUUCUUCAUGCGAGGUAUGCCGACUUUGUCAGCAGCAGGAUGAGAGACUAACCUGUUCUGUUUGUGAAACACCAAAAAACCUUUGGGUCUGCUUGAUUUGUGGCUUUGUUGGAUGUGGAAGGUAUGUAGAGAGGCAUGCCAUUAGACACUGGAGUGAUACACAACAUCAAUAUUCUCUGGAGUUAGAGACGCAGCAAAUCUGGGAUUAUGUAGGAGACAAAUAUGUUCACCGUUUAAAUCAAUCAAAAACCGAUGGCAAGCCAACUGCUAUGACUUCUUCAUGUCCUGCAUCUGAUAGUGAAUGUGAUGUUUUUCGGUAUGAUGAUGAGGACCCAGGAGGUCUCAGUGGUGCCCUUUACAGCAGCAAAGUUGAAGCGGUUGUGGAUGAGUAUAACCGCCUACUUGCCAGCCAGCUAGAGACUCAAAGACAGCAUUAUGAAUCUUUACUAGCUGCGGCAAGAAGUGGAAAGGAAAUCUCAGUAUCCAAAUCGGUGGCUAAGGCACUAUUUUCAAAAACACACGACUUACAAUCUAGAAUUGAAAAGUGUGAGGAGGAAAAGAAGGCCGUUACAGAUAGAAACCAAGAACUUAUGAUAAAACAAGAACUUCUGCAGCAGAACUAUAAAGAAGUAGAGAAAAGGGAAAUACUGUUAUUGAAGUCGAAGGAUGAGAAUAUACAGGAGCUUAAAGAACAGAUCAGAGAUAUAAAAGUCUACAUUGAAGCCCAGAGAAGGCUUGCUAAGAUGGGAGUUUCAGAUGGAAAGGAAGGUACUGUUUUAUCUGUAGAAUCUAAUCAGUCAUCUUCAGGCGGUACCAGAAGGAGAACCAAGCAAGGGAGGAGACGAUGAUGACCAUUCUAAAUCUCUGUUUGUAGUAGCAUUGAGUCUAAGUGGAGGCGGCCUGUUCUGUGCCCGACAUGUUUUAAUUUGAAAGCAUUUUACAGGGUAUAUAUUUUUAAUUGAGUCCAGUUUGUAUAUAUUUUUGUCUUUCAUUGUGUGUUUCAUUAACAUGGCAUCAUGACAAGCAAGAAAGUUAGUCAAAAGCUCGUGAUGGUUAUAGCCCCCAGCUUGGUUUUCUGGUUGAUUCGAUUGAACCACUUUAG